CCGUGAAUGAUGCCACUCGAGGGCUAAGUGUUUGGGAUACUUUUGUCCGCAAGCAUCCAGAACGGAAUUGUUACUCUGAUGCGGACCAAGCUGUGGAUUUUUAUCACCAUUACAAGGAAGAUAUUCAAAGAAUGAAAGAUAUCAAUAUGGAUUCAUUCAGAUUCUCAAUCUCAUGGCCUCGGAUUCUUCCUCAUGGAAAGAAAAACAAAGGAGUUAACAAGGAAGGAAUCAAAUUUUAUAACGACCUCAUCGACGAACUCCUAGCGAACGGAAUCACACCUCUGGCGACAUUGUUCCAUUGGGAUACUCCACAAGCCUUAGAAGACGAAUACAAAGGUUUUCUUAGCGAAAAAGCUGUUGAUGAUUUCCGUGAAUUCGCUACCAUAUGUUUUGAAGAAUUUGGCGACCGUGUGAAGUAUUGGGUGACGCUAAAUGAGCCGUGGGUUUAUAGUAUUGGCGGUUAUGAUACCGGAAGAAAAGCUCCGGGUCGUGCCUCUAAAUACAUGAACGAAGCAGCUUUGGCAGGUGAAUCUGGUCUCGAGGUUUACACAGUUAGUCAUAAUCUACUUUUAGCUCACGCAGAAGCUGUUGAAGUGUUCAGGAAAAACCCAAAGAGUAAAGAUGGUAAAAUCGGUAUUGCACAUUGUCCGGUCUGGUUCGAACCUUACGACUCGAACUGUCCUGAUGAUCAAGAAGCGGUUGAGCGUGCCAUGGAAUUUAUGUUUGGAUGGCAUAUGGAUCCAACGGUCUAUGGAGAUUAUCCAGAAGUCAUGAAAAAAUUGAUUGGAAAAAGAUUACCGUCGUUUACUGCAGCUCAAUCUAAGAAGUUAAAAGGAUCUUUUGACUUCGUUGGAGUAAAUUAUUACAGUGCCUUCUACGUUAAAAAUGUUGUUGACGUGGAUCCUGCUAUUCCCAACUGGAGAUCCGACGCACGCAUCGAAUGGAAAAAACAAAACAAAGCAGGACAAACUUUGGGUCCUAGAGGUGGUUCAGAGUGGGACUUUUUAUACCCACAAGGUCUAAGAAAGUUUCUAAAUCACGCCAAAAACAAAUAUGGAAGUCCUAAAUUUCUGAUAACUGAAAACGGUCACUGCGAUAUAGAUUAUGAAAAAAAGGCGAAACUCUCGAAUCUGAUGGAUCUUCAGAGGACGGAGUACCACGAAAAACAUCUCCAAAGCAUCCACCAAGCCAUCAAGGAGGAUGGUGUUCUAGUAGAAGGAUACUAUGCAUGGUCAUUGCUGGACAAUUGCGAAUGGAACGCUGGUUAUGGAGUUCGUUACGGACUAUUCUACGUAGACUACAACAACGGUCUAAAACGUUAUCCAAAAAUGUCGGCAAUGUGGUUUAAAGAGUUUUUGAAGAAAGAAGAUAUUGAAGACUCAGAGAAAGAAGGAUUGUUGAAUUCUGUUGAUCACAAGAAGAGGAAGAGAUUCUUAACGUCUUCUGGUUCGCCUUCCUGUUAUAUACCCAAGAUGUCCGAAUCUUCGAAAGCACUUGAACUCUUUUUCUAAGAUCAUUUGUUUAUUUUAUUUUUAUAUUUUUGGUUUAAUUCAAAAAAAAUUGUACAUCAUUGAAUGUAUUUAGACACUAAAAAAGACAACCGUAUA